AUUGAAUAUGGCGUCACUUUUAAGUGGUGCGUAACUUAGCGAGAAACUUAUUGUUUGGGCUUAUAUGAACUGUUCUGUAAUGCUGCUGUAUUACCCACAGUGAUAACUUUAUAUUGUAUUACUUAUGGAUAUAGAAGGUAAUACAAACAAAGCUGAAGAGGACUUGGGUCACAAUACUGAGUCUGAUGCCAAGCCAUUUGUGGAUAAAAACACACCAGAGCACCCUAAUACAGGAGCCGUUGCACGUAUACUAGAAGAAUCCGAAGUGUUAAAGACCAGUCAAUUUAAAGAUGUUGAUGAGGUUGUUGGUUCAUCAAAUAAUUUAAGUAGUGAUGAGAACUCUGAGGGUAGAAGUCGUAAACCAUCUUCUACAGAAAUAACUAUUCCCUCAAGCUCAGAAGAACCUUGUUGGACAGAUGACAUGCUUCAUAUCUUUGUUCUUAGUGAGGCUGGUAAACCAAUUUAUUGGAGGUAUGGAAACGAAAGUAAUGUAUCUUCUGUGAUGAGUGUUAUGCAAGCGCUUGUUUCUUUUGUUGAUAACUCUGGUGACGAACUGCAAGUGAUAAAUACAUCUGAUAAAAAGUUCCUGUUCAUUUCCCGUUCACAUCUAAUCCUGGUAGCAUUCAGUCCGAUUUCUGAGCCUACCUUGCAUUUGUUGAAUUGUCUUAACUAUGUUUACGAUCAGAUAAUAAGUUCACUAACUGUACAGAGAGUGGAAAAACAGUUUACAAGGCAUGCAAAUUUAGAUCUGCGCAGACUUCUUGUUGGAGAUAGUCGGCUUUUAUCUUCUAUCAUCAAUCGUGUAGAAGAAUCUUUCGGUGUUUUAUUGAAUGCUAUCAGUUGUACACCUUUAUCAGAAAAUAUUCGGUCUGCAAUCUCACAGAUUAUUCAUCAUAGUGCUAAAUUACGUGGUUUAGUUUUUGCCAUUUUAUUUCAUAAAGACGAUAUUAUCAGUAUUGUGCGUAUGAAAAAUUAUCAUCUUUGCCCAUCAGAUAUUCACCUACUUCUAAAUCUUAUUGGUAGUUCACAAUCUUUCAAGUCAGUACAAUCACAUUGGUUACCGAUUUGUUUGCCUAAAUUUGAUCCAAACGGAUUUUUGUAUGCCAAUGUUACCUACUUAAAUGAUACCACAUUUUUAGUUUUACUUACUGUUGAUAGUGGUCAGUUUUAUCCACUCAAGGCGAUCACUGAAAAAAUAUUUAGAAACCCACAAAGUGUUUCUACUGUGAUCGAAACCACGGCUAAUCAUUAUUAUUAUUAUUAUCAUCAUCAUCAAAAAAUAACAUAAACUGUACCAAUGUUAGUGUGUCGGUGGUUCAAUGGUGGCAAACUCGCCACCCACCCACCUACGUGUCUGGUGGUCUGCUGCAUCUUCCCGACGAACUCCCAAAAUCCCGGCUAGUAUGCUGUGUAAAGACGGUUGGACGCGAGGCUAACUACUCCACUCUGUAAAAACGCCACCGCUACUGAAAAUUCAAAAGCUAAAGCUUGAAGCUUUAUUUUUCACUCGGUAUGUAAAAAAUGAAAUGCCAAUAGUAAAAUAGUCCCAAUAGAAAGGGAUCGAUUCGAUCAAAAUGCAGUAAAACAAACGGGGAGUGAAUUUAAUGUUGAAUAUAUUUUAUUUAAGUGUUACAUUUAAAUUUACACGUCAGUACUUUCGAAUUUAGCAAGUGUAUAAAUUGAAAUUAAGAUUAAAGUCAUUUGGUCGAAGCACCACAGCCAAAGUCAGGGUCUUUCAAAAGUUGACCUUCAAGAACCUUCAAGAUACAGGGAAUGCUAUAAAAUGUCAAAUAAUGCAUGCCUUUGAGGACUUGGAGAGGGUAGAUACCGUAUUCCACUUAUUUCCUAGGUACUUUUCCUGCAAAGCUGUACCGUUAGGUAGGGUUAUGGCUUUUAAGAUUAAGGGUUUAGGAUCUAGGGCUAAGGUUAUGUUUGCAGUUAAAGUAAGGGGUAGGAGUUAGGAUUAUGGUCAGAGUUGGUAGUAGGUUGAAGAACAGUGUCAGAAAUAUGAGUGGAUCACAAAUUACUAUGGAAUACAGUCGCUUAAAUGAAUGCACAUGUCGCUCAUGGUAUAAUUUCUCUAUUGAUCAUCUUUGUAGUGACUGGGAGACAUUCUUACAACACAUAAGUCACAAUUAUAUAGUGUAAUAUCAUGUUUGCAGUAUAUUUUUGGUGUAUUUUUCUGACAAUUAGGCGAAUGUUUUGCACCUGAAUUCCGAUUGGUCGUCUAAGGAAACUUUGUUUUUAUCUAUGAUAGUUUAACUUUGGUGUCAUUUUCAUUCCUGUUACAGUUUACGUGCUCUGAAAAAUUUCACAUGACUUUCUGCUAACAAUUAUUGACUUAGUAUAUGGGCUUAUUAUGCAAUUCACUGUUCCGGGUGAACAAAAGCAAUAAAGUUUAAAUCUUUGAAAAAUCCUAAAGGCAGAAUAAGCAGCGAAGACAAGACUGCAAGUUAACACGAGGAACAUAGAAGUGAUAAAGACAUUUAACCAACGACAACAACAAUAACGACCACGAAUCACUGUCAAUGGGAGAACUUUGAAGGAGGUCACUUCUUAUUCUGUUUCCUUAGCAGUAUCAUUUCAGCUAUAACCGGCAUGGAUGAAGAUGUCAAUCCCAGACAGGCCUUGAUUACAUUGAAGUCAGCGUGGAAACCGGCUGCACUCAGCAUAAGGAACAAGAUACGGUUUCUCAAUACCGAUGUCAACUCAGGGCUUCUACAUGAUUCAGAGACCUGGCAUUCAUGUCACCCUAAAGCAUUUUCAAUGGUCUUUUGCAAACUUUCAUGAACAGCUGUCUUCACUGCAUAGUGGAAAUCAGAUGUGUUGGAGAGGAUAAGGAACAAGGAACUUCACCGAGGAGGGAACCAACCAAUAACUUCUCGCCUAGCAAAAACGCAUAAGAAAAUUGAGAUGGAUCAGGUAUACUCUGAGGCGAGAGGUUCAUGCCGUCACGCAUUCCGAGGGUGUGUGUCCGAGGGUGACAUUGAGGAGAUAGUAUUAAAAGAUGAAAGUUUAUGGACAACAGUGGAUCCAGAUGAAAAGGAACGCAGAUAACAGAGUGAAAUGGUGAUGUGCUGUUGAAGCUUUAUAUUCCACUGGGAAUCCGAAGGAAUAAUAUAAUAAUAAGGCUAAAGUCCCUGAGGGUUAAUCAAUGUGUUCGAAAGUUUCUAGAAAAAUCAUAUAUGUAUGAGCUACAGAUUGACUGAAAAAAUAAAUUUAAUAGGAACUGUGUUUCUCUUAACAAACCAUUGAAGUUGAUCUCUCACCGUCUGUUUUUGUCCAAGUUGCUUAACUUGGAACCUUAGCUUUACAGACCUUAGUCACUUCUUCAAACUGUUCAAGUUUGCUAUAUCUAGUGUGGAAGCGGACUGCAUAUUAUCUUCGCUGAAAUAGUGUUCCAUUCAUGUCAUGAAAUUUCCACUCGGUUAUUAUUGUGGCCAGUUAGUCCAGUUUCCUAUUCCUCUGCUAACACAACAUGAUUUUUAUCUCUCUUUUCACAGUGAUAAUUAUUUACGUUUAUCGUUAGAAAUUUACUUCUUUCUUUAUUUUAUUUGUAAAAAAAUUAGUCACUGAGCACUACAAAUAAUGGUGAUUAUUUAUCUGCAAUAUCAUCAUCAAAACUUCCACAAAUAUCUGACACUGGUAUUAAGAAUCUACGACAUUUUGUAUACAAGUCUAUUCCUAUCGCUCAAUAUAUUACCAGUCAAUGGAGUGUACCAUAUACUGUUAUGAGUAAAUCUGAACUAACCAAUACUUCCCUGUCUAGUUUAAAUCCUGAAAGAGAAUCUGCAUCAAUCAAUAGUGAUGCUGCCAUUCAGAAAUUACGUCGAGAUGUUUUAUUAUCCUAUAAACGUUUGCAUAUGAGAUUGCAUUCACCUACAAUGUCAACUAAAUUUAUCUAUAAAGUGACAACUACUGAAUUACAUUUCGGUUGGAAAACUGAUACUUUCGAGUUGUAUGCAACACUGGAACCGAUCAUUACAAAAGAAGAGUUAGGCGAAACUCGUAAACAAUUAGUUAAAUGGAUUGAAUCAAAGAAAACGCAAUUCUUUAUUCUCUCAUCACCUACUUUUUAAGCAGUACUUUUGUACAUUUUACUUAUUUUUGUAUAUUUCACCUCUUUAUACAUUUUGAUCAAGUGUAAUAAUCCUGAUAAUAUUCCGUGUGUGUUUGCGUGAGGGCGUGCGUGCGUGUAUGCACGUGUGUUUAUUGUGUAUAACCAUGUGAUUAUCUUCUUUCUUCAAUUAUUUUACUUCUUUAUGUGAUUGUAAAGUACCUUUUGUUUUUGCUGAAUAAGUGUAAAUAUUUUGGAUUGUAUAAUAUCUUAGCUACAAAUAUGCAUAAUAACUAUAAUGGCUUUAUUCUGCACAAUAUAUUUAUAAGUUUUGAUCAUGCACCCAUGACCCCCACCGUCAGGUACUGGAUCCAGAAUGGUUCAGGUUACGAAGCUAGUCCGUUGACUAUUGAGCUACCGGGGUGAAAGCCAACGGUGCAUAAAUUUAUAACAUCAGCCAAUUCUCCACC